CAUCUUUUGACCACUCCUUUAAGGCCUUACAGUGUUCUGGUUUGUUACCAGACGCUCUCCUUUCUCUCUCCUACGAAAUCAACCGAUUUGGCUUCUCUUCUCUUUCUUUCCCCUCUUCUCUCUUCUCUUCUCCUUUCUUUUCCUUUUUUUUUUCCUCCUUACUUUUUUUUAUUUACCAGGCCCUUCGUCUCGCACUGCCAUGCAUGACAACCCAAUAAAACCCUAAUCCACCACACUUCACUGUGCAGGGAAAAUUUGAAAGAGAGGAGUUUGUUUGUUUCUUUUCCUUUUCCUUUUUAAUUUUUUGGGUUUUCUGAUUGUGUCUGUUGAGCAAUUAAGAAUUGGGAUAUAUGUCCUUCAAUCAAUCAAGGUCCGAUAAGAGCGACAAUCAUCACCGUAAAUCCGGGCGAUCAGGGAGCUUCAAUCAGCAGCGAGGUUCCUCAGGCACGUACGUCAAGGGUGUUGGCGGCGGGCCCGCGCCUUCUCCCGUGAUCACUUCGGGUUCCUCACCGCCCUCUGAUCGGAGUUUUAAGAGGUCUGAUUAUCCACAUGGUGGGCAAUCUAGGGUAAACCCUCCCCCUGUGAAUUCAGCCGAGUCUAAUAGUGCUUCUACAGGCGGGACGAUACCAAAUGGUGCCCAUACACAGCAAUCACCGGAAGCAUCUGAUGCACCAGUUACAAAUGCAGCUGCCAAGUUAUCUGAACUGUCAUCUGUUCAGAAGAGCACCAGAGUUGUUCCGAAAGCUCCAACUCCUCGACCUGCCACCGUGAGUUCUGAUACAGCAGCUCCUACAACCCCUGCCAAGGCCCCUGGAGAUUCAUCCAAGCCGUUUGCUGUCCAAUUUGGGUCCAUUAGUCCCGGUUUCAUGAAUGGGAUUUCUGUUCCUGCUCGCACAAGCUCAGCUCCUCCAAAUUUGGAUGAGCAGAAAAGAGAUCAGGUUCGUCAUGAUUCUUUUAGACCUGUGCCUUCAGUGCCAACACCUCCAAAGCAGGUACCACCACCGAAUAAUGGUGGUGUUAUGGACCAAUCUAAUGCUGUAGAGGCUCCUUCAGUGAACAAGGCGAAAAAGGAGGAGCACGUGUCAGCUUUGCCCCCAUCAAGCCAGGUGCAAAAGCCAUCUGUUGCCAUGACUGGGAUUUCAAUGGCGAUGCCAUAUCAUCAUCAAUCACAGGCACCUGUACAGUUUGGUGUUCCUAAUCCACAGAUUCAAUCUCAGGGAUUGACGGCAGCAUCUCUUCAGAUGCCUAUAUCAAUGCAUUUACCAAUGGGAAAUGUUGCACAAGUACAACAGCAAGUUUUUGUUUCAGGACUUCAACAUCCUAUUCAUGCUCAGGGAAUUAUGCAUCAGGGACAAAACUUAAGUUUCACUUCUCAAAUGAGUCCUCAGUUGCCCCAUCAGUUAGGUAACACAGGUAUUAACAUGAACCCACAGUAUUCCCAGCAGCAAGGGGGGAAAUUUGCUGGUCCUCGCAAAACUACCACUGUCAGGAUUACUCAUCCUGAGACGCAUGAAGAGCUGAGGUUUGACGUUGACAAAAAGGCAGAUUCACAUUCAGAUGUUACCUCAUCAAGUGCUAGGUCUUAUCCUAAUAUACUUUCUCAGUCUCAACCUGUUCAAUCGUUUACCGCUUCCCUCAACUAUUACCACCCAUCUAGCACAUACAGUGGCAGCUCUCUUUUUAUCCCACCUUCAAGUUCUGUUCCUUUAUCAAGUAGCCACGUAACUCCUAAUUCUCAGCAGCCAAGAUUUAACUAUCCAGUGAACCAGGCCCCCCAAAAUGCAGGUUUUAACAAUCAAAUAUCUCUUAGUUCCUUGCCUGUUAGUAAGACUGGCACUAUUGUUCCUGGCCAUGGUGAAAUGCCAAAUCUGGAACAUCCUCGUGAUGUCCCUAAAGUGAUUUCAUCAACUACAUUUGGGCUCACUCAUGCUAGCAUCAAAACCAGUGGUGGCUCUGGUGUUAAAACGGGUGAAUUUCCUAGCUCUUCGAGGGCAUCUAUUGAUGCUGGCUCCACUGUGUCUCAGAAAGGGUCUGAUAAUUAUUCUGAGACCUCUUCACAGCAUUCAAAGUCAUCCAGUGAUUCUUUUGUUCCAGGGUCAUUGCCAAAACAACCUGCUGCUGGAUCUGCCGAGAAGCUUGCAUCCACUCCUUUGAUGCCUUCUUCAGCUUCUGUGAGUGAGAAUUCUGCCUCAGUUGUGUCCAACAAUGAAGGCAGAAGGAAGGAAUCUCUUAGUAGGUCAAACUCUAUGACUGAUAAUCACAAGAAAACAGGGAAGAGAGGAGAAUCACUGCAUCAGGUGCCUGUAAAAUCUCUGAUGGUGGUUAAUGUACCUUCUCAAGUUGUUGAUAGCAUUAUGCCGGAUAGUGAAGUUUCUGAUACUGUAGAAAACAAAAAGCCUUUUGCAGAAAUAACCAGUGAAGAUAGCUCUAGCACACCAGAGGCAUUGUCAGUUACAGUUAACAGUGAUAAUGUUCCUGAUGCCAAUGAAAUGAACAUUGACCCUUCUGCUGAAGGUUUUGUUUGCAUCUCAGCUGAAGGAGUUGGUGCUUUAGGUGUUGAUAGUUUGAAGAACCACGAACAUGAUAAGUUAGAGGAAUCAUCACAACAGGAUGAACUUUCAAAGACGCAGAUUCUUGAAGGGGGUAAUAAAAAUGAAAAAUCUUCUGAUGUAUUUAAACAAAAAAGUGAUGACGAUGGGAUGAAGUUUAAAGAAACAGAACAGGAUGCAGCUCAGGAAUCACAAGAUGUACCACAAAGACUGGAAUGGCAGGAUGAAUCUACAAAUUGUAGCUCAGAAUGUGACAGAAAGGGUGAUAAUUUAGGCAUGUCCACCUCAAAUAAUUUGGAUUCUAGAGAUAUCUAUUUAAAUAGAAAUGAUAGUACGGUUAGUAAUGAAUCUAUUUGUGCUAAUUCUGCCACAUCUGAUGAGAAUUCUGGUGAUCUCCCAGAAGCAACUUCAAAACAUAGCAAGGAUUGUUCAGAGAAUGCAGACAGUGGCUCCGUUUCCCUUCCAACAUCAGUUAACAAGGAUAGACCUAUUUCAGAGCCAAAUAAGCUGAAAACUACAACCAAAGGCAAGAAGAAAAGAAAGGAGAUUCUUCAGAAAGCAGAUGCUGCUGGGUCAACUUCUGAUCUCUAUAAUGCAUACAAGAGAACUGAGGAAAAGAAAGAAGUUGUAACUUCAGAGAGCAAAGAAAGCAUGUUACCAGGAAGUUUAAAGCAGUUGCCUAAUGAGGCUGCUCAAUCAGAUGCUACAGCGACUGAGAAAGAUGAACAUGAUGAAGCUGAGCCUGAUGACUGGGAAGAUGCUGCUGACAUGUCUUCUCCAAAAUUGGAAGUUGCAGAUAAAACUCAACUGAUCAGUGAUGGAAGUGAACUUAUGGAGAAAAAAUACUCUAGAGAUUUCCUUUUAAAAUUUGAAGAGCAAUGCAUUGAUGUUCCUGAUGGUUUUGAAAUUCCAGCAGACGUUGCUGAGGUUUUGAUGAAUUCUAAUAUUACUGGUUCUCGUGUUGAACGUGAUUCACAUCUUAGUCCAGGAAGAAUUAUAGAUAGACCUGGUGGGAUGUCUCGAGUGGAUAGACGUGGGUCUGGGAAGUUUGAAGAAGAGCGGUGGAGUAAAGUCCCUGGACCAUUUAAUUCAGGACAUGACAUUCGUAUGGAUGGAUUUGGAGGUAAUGCAGGUUUUCGACCUGGUCAAGGAGGCAAUUUUGGUGUUUUGAGGAACCCACGUGCUCAGAUGCCUCUGCAAUAUGCUGGCGGGAUCCUUUCUGGACCAAUGCAAUCCUUGGGAAAUCAGGGAGUUAUGCAGAGAAAUAGCCCUGAUGGUGAGAGGUGGCACCGAGCAACUAACUACCAGCAGAGGGGUUUAAUUCCUUCUCCUCAAACCCCACUGCAGAUGAUGCAUAAAGCUGAGAAAAAGUAUGAGGUGGGUAAGGUGACAGAUGAGGAACAAGCAAAGCAAAGACAGUUGAAAGCCAUUUUGAACAAGUUAACUCCUCAGAAUUUUGAGAAACUUUUUGAGCAGGUAAAAGCAGUUAAUAUUGACAAUGCUGGCACUCUUACUGGUGUAAUCUCUCAAAUAUUUGAGAAAGCUCUAAUGGAGCCUACCUUUUGUGAAAUGUAUGCCAAUUUCUGCUUACAUCUAGCUGCUGAGUUGCCUGAUUUCAGUGAAGACAAUGAAAAGAUAACUUUUAAGAGAUUAUUGUUAAACAAGUGCCAAGAGGAAUUUGAGAGGGGUGAAAGAGAGCAAGAAGAGGCUAAUAAGGAUGAUGAGGGCGAGGUGAAGCAAUCUAAUGAAGAGAGGGAAGAGAAACGAAUUAAGGCGAGAAGACGCAUGUUAGGUAAUAUACGGUUGAUUGGAGAGUUAUAUAAGAAAAAAAUGUUGACAGAGAGGAUAAUGCAUGCGUGCAUCACGAAGUUACUGGGAUCGUAUAAGGACCCUGACGAAGAAGAUAUAGAAGCUUUGUGCAAGCUGAUGAGUACUAUAGGGGCGAUAAUUGAUCAUCCCAAAGCCAAGGAACACAUUGAUGCUUAUUUUGAAAGGAUGAAAUUGUUAUCAAACAACAUGAAUUUAUCUUCUCGAGUGAGAUUCAUGUUGAAGGAUGCUAUUGAUCUUAGAAAGAACAAAUGGCAACAGAAGCGGAAAAUUGAAGGUCCAAAGAAGAUUGAGGAGGUGCACAGAGAUGCUGCCCAAGAGAGGCAGGCCCAAACUGGUAGGCUAGGUCGUGGUCCAGGUAAUGUACCGUCAUCUAGAAGGAUGCCUGUGGAUUUUAGUCCAAGAGGGCCGUCAUCUAUGUUUUCUCCCCCCAACACCCCUAUGGGGCUGCGUGGGCCUUCUGCACAGGUUCGCAGUGGUGGCUCUCAGGAUGUUCGUCGUGAUGAUAGAUUAUCACAUGAGAGUAGAAAUUUGUCAGUUCAUUUGCCUCAAAGACCUUUAGGUGGUGAUUCUAUAACUUUGGGUCCACAAGGUGGUCUUGCAAGAGGAAUGUCCUUUAGAGGGCCAGCUGGAAUUCCAAGUUCUUCUGUUCCUGAUGCACUCCCAGUUGCUGCUGAUUCUCGAAGAAUGAUUUCUGGCCUUAAUGGUUAUGCUAAUUCAUCAGACCGUGCUCAGUACAGCACUAGAGAAGAUCUCAUGCCAAGAUAUGCAACAGACAGAUUUUCUGGUCCAACUGCUCAUGAUCAAUCAGCUGCUCAGGAGCGUAUUAUUAAUUAUGGUAAUAAGGAGCUGAGAAAUGCAGAUUGGAAUCUUGAGAGACCUGUUGCAACUUUAACUGCUGGUGUGCAAGGAUCUGCAGUCCCAGAAGAACGACUGCGGGACAUGUCCAUGGCAGCAAUUAAAGAAUACUACAGUGCUAGAGAUGUAAAAGAAGUUGCGCUAUGUGUCAAAGAUCUAAACUCUCCAAGCUAUCAUCCCUCGAUGAUUUCUCUAUGGGUCACAGACUCGUUUGAGAGAAAGGACACAGAAAGAGAUCAUUUGGCCAAAUUACUAGUGAACCUAACAAAGUCUCAGGAUGGCACCUUGAGUCAGUCUCAACUUAUCCUAGGGUUUGAAUCUGUUUUAAGUGGUCUGGAAGAUGCUGUUAAUGAUGCCCCCAGAGCACCUGAAUUUCUAGGCCGCAUUUUUGCCAGAGUUGUGACGGAAAAUGUCAUCUCUUUGAAAGAGAUCGGCUGGCUAUUACAUGAAGGUGGAGAGGAGCCAGGCCAACUUUUAGAAAAUGGACUUGCAGCACAUGUUCUUGGAAGCACCUUGGAGGCAAUAAAAAUGGAGAAGGGGGAUGCUGUUCUGAGUGAGUUACGCUCAAACUCUAACUUGAGGCUGGAGACUUUCCGGUCACCUAAUGCCAUUAUAUCAAGAAAGUUAGAAAAUUUUAUUUAGGGUAUAGUGAUUCUCAUUGUAUCUUUUAUUGUAGGCUUGGGGGGGGGUUCUUUUUUGUUUUUUUCCUAGUACUACUAGAGUUUGAAUUUGCUGAAAUUAUUCUCUCUAUGGGGUGGUUGGGUAGUCAUAAUUUAUAUACACUGAUCUUUCCUUUUUGUUUUAAUGGUAACACGCUCCAACAUCAUUGCUAUUAUGAAAGGUUCAAUUGGGCAUAUCUCAAAACUUAGGCUGCUGAGUCCCUUUGUCCCUGAUGAGAAGUUUUAAUUCUCAUAAUUGCAUUGUAUGAUUUGAUCUGUCCAUUAAAAUAUAUAUACGAGCAAAUUGAUAUUCA